AUGGCUGAAAUAAAUGUGUACACCCUGACAGUGGUGUCACUGGUGGGGUGAAAGGGGGCGACGAUUCUAAGGGCUCACUGCACAGCUCAGGUUUAUUUUAUUUAUUGUAUGAAACGGGGGUUGGGGAAGGAAUUCCCAGCAACGCCCCAAGACCGCGUUCACGCCACACUUUCUCAGCGCUGGGAAAUGUUGUGACAAUCACCAAACAUGCCAAGUUUCUUCCACUCUGACCACAAGAUCACUAAUGUGAACUUACAUAUAGCAUUGGUGUGUGCGUGGAUGAAGAGCGCCGAGCUAAAACAAAUGAAAAUAUGACUGGGACGUAGGCUACUUUUUGUGAGCGUCAGAUCCAACACGGUGCUGAAUGCAAGACCUAAGCGAAACUCCUAACGGGAUUAUAGCGUCGGUUUGGUUUGCCCCCUUUGGAUUUCGGAUUUAUCGGCUGUUUUGGAAUGGAAGGCCGGGACUUCGGCCCUCCUCCGCCGCUGCUCACAGAGCGAGGCCCGUUGGCUCAUCGCGUCGCCUCUCGGAUCACUGCUGCCGGCCACGCAGCCGUGCAGCACCCCGCUGCCUUCCAACCCGGGAAAUUCUACCCCUCACACAUCCCCAUACCUUCACAAUCAGGCACAGGUCUAAUGGCAAACUCCUCUGCUUCAUUCAUGGGCACUUUCCUGGCCAGCAGCUUGGGCUCACCUCCAUCCCACCCCUCUGGACCCCCUUCCUCUCCUUCUUCUCCCCCUUAUCGCAGUGGACCCCACUCCAGCGCCCACUCACAGAUCUGGUUCCCACACCCACAUGAAGCCCCAGGGUAUUCCCGCUUUUCUGGAAGUCUGGCCCCCACCUUUCUACCCAUGAGCCCCUUAGAUCACCAUGGAAACAGUAGUGUUCUCUAUGGACAGCACCGAUUCUACAACACUUCAAAAGAUUUCUAUAUCAGAAGCCUUUCAUCACAGCCCCACCUUCUCUCCACCAAUCACACCUUACAGUCACUGACUCGGACCACCCCUAGCCACCCCCUUAGCUCUUGUAGCCGGGAGCGAGACCCUGGGGGAGGUGGGCAAAUCCAUAAAAGCUCUAAAGAGUCAGAUGUAGGAGAGCCUGCUAUAGCAGUUGUAGGAAAAGACAGAGAGAAAAGCAAACUGGAAGUGAAAGAUCGUCAGCGCCAUGAUCCACCUUCACCAACUGCUCACCAACACCUCCAUCCUCACCACCAUUCUCAGCUGCACCCUUUAGGGCCGGAGGAAAACCCCAAACACAAAGAUGAUCCAAAGCACCUGAGCACCUGCCUCCUUUCUACCAAGAACCAUAAUGGCCCUCAUACAGGGACAGCAGUAAGGGGCUCCUCCCUACCCAGUUGUGUAGGUCCAGGUGCCUUGAGUUUAGGAACUGGUCCAAAAGGGGGUGGAGGUAAUAUCUGUUGCAAAGAGGUGAGUGGUGAGAUGCGAAUCAGUGAACCUCCAUCAGACUGCCUGCGCCAUAGUGCAAUGCUGGGCCAUACCCAUCCAGUACCUUACGCUAUGCCUCCUCACCUUGGCCUUGGCUCAGCAGUUGGAGGAUCCUGGCCACAUCCUAUUCACCCCCACCAUCACCACCACCAUCAUCCACAUCCAGACAUUUACUGUUCCCCUGCACCACUAACCAUGUCCUCUGCACAGGACAAAAGUCUAACUCCUGGUGCAGGCAGGGACCAUAAAUUCAUAGGGCCCACAUUUGUGCCCUCUGUGGGACCUUUGGGUGAUAAGAGCAGUGGGCCAUUCCAGCUAGUUAACUCUCAUUGUCGAGGUCUAAGAGGGAUUGUUGACGAAGCUGGAGGAGAGGGAAUAGGGAAAGCCAAAGCUUCAGAAAAGAGUAGUAAUGGGGGCAGAAUAGCUCAUCCUACCAUAUCUUCCCUCCCAACUCCUAGUACCUGUCAUAAAAAGUCUUCACAUCAACAGCAGCAGGAUGUCUACAGUAAAGUGGACAAGGAUCCAGACUGGUCUCUAGGCCCACAUUCACAUUUACCACAGCAGGCACAGCAUGGUCAUGAUCACCAGCCGCAUUCCAAUCUCCCAAACCACUCCUACAGCUCAGAGGCUGCUGAGAAUUCCUCAGAGACAGAUGUUUAUCAACCCUCCCUGCCGCAGGGAGCCAAAGAUAGCUGCCAGUCUAAAAGCAGAUCUUAUGCCAGCACUCCACCUUUUCGGGACUGUUCACACUUAGGUUCACCUCAUAGAAUUAUAUCUGAAAACAAGCCCAACAAUGAAAGUGGGUGUACACUUCAGCGGGACAGCCAGAGGAUUGCUAGGGUACACCAUCACCAGCAAAACAGCAAGACUGGAAUUCAAGGUCAGGAUCCAGAUUUGGGGCCAAGCAGCAGUUUUAGAGAUAGAAGAAAACAAGAUGUCGAUAUUGCAGCACAAGUGUACUCUGGGCAUCAGGCAGGUUCUUCUUGGGAAAUGCGAGGUCAGCAAUCUCAGCCUGACAAUGAGAAAUGCAAAGCAUAUGACUGUUUUGGUACAGGAGAGCAGGGGGCUCACCCUACUUUCACUGCCCACCAGCAGUCCUCAAUAGGCCCUCAUGGGCCAGAAAACAGUGCAAUGAAUAACCUGAUGAAGUACAGCAACCAUCAGCCACACCUGCCUGCCCAGAAAAGCCCAUUUGGAGGACUGGGUAGCCUAAAGCAGGGAGCAGCAAAUGGAGAGAAAAUCGACAGAAGUGAGAAGAAUCGAGGGGGUGCAAUUUGUGCCCAUCAGGAGGGCAAGCAAACUCUGCCUUCAAGGAGGGCCUCUUCCUCUGGGGAGAAUGAGCGCUCUGAGCGAGCAGGCCGUGAUUCCUGUGAGGGGGAGGGGGAAGUGAGGCAGCCCCCUGUGGGUAUUGCUGUGGCAGUCGCCAGGCAGAGAGAGCCUCUGCGCCGCCCACCAGACAGGCCUGCCACCCACAGCCGCCAUGGCAGAGUGCUGCCCAGCAUGAAGGGUAUUGGGCGCUCUGUAUACCCUGUAGAAAGGGAGGUGGAUGAGGAAAGGAAGAGUAUAUCUGAGGAGCAGCUGUCUCUACCUCUGCUGGACAGAGAAAGAGAUCUUCUGCUCAGGGAGAAUAAGGACUUAGUUGAGUUUGCCAGGAUCCACCCUUCCAGCAGUUGCCAUGGUGACCUGACCUCUCACCUCAUCAUGCCAAGCGGGAGUCAGUUAGGAGCUGAUCCAUCCGUACAUCCAACUCAUCACUGGAUGCCUCGGACUGGAAGUCCAUCCCUUUGGAUUGGACACUCGUAUGGUCUGAGUCAUGCUGCUCUGCACCAAAACCUGCCCCCAGGCUUCUCUGCAGCUAUGCCCAGCCCUCUGCAGCCUGUGCUGCCCCUUCCUCAGGACCCAUCUCCUGCCCUAGUAGUUCUGCCCACUGAGCCUGCUGCACACCCUGCAACCCACCAUCUAGAUGUAAUGGAGCAACAGGGAUUAUGGCCCUCAGUGUAUGGGGCUCGAGGGCCUGCUUCUCACAUACAGCAUUCCUCGGUCUACUCCCGUCAGUUUCUACGGCAACAAGAGCUCUAUAUGCUACAGCAUCAUCAGCACCAGCAACACCACAGAGCAGCACAGGCAAUGGAGCUGGCACACAGGCAAUCACAUUCUCAGAGGAAACCUGAGGAUACCCCUAAUGAACUGGAUGAAGGGCCCCCUGAGCCACGUACCCUAAAAUCAGCAAAACCUUUCUCCUACUCCUCCACCAGUAAAAGCCGUUCCUCCUCCUCUCCAGGGGGAUGCGCUUCUCGUCUGUCACCCUGCUGUCACUCACCAGCCCCACGACCCCAUCCUAAAAGCACUCUGUGCACCCCCUGCCCAGAGCCAAGCCCAGCUGUAGCAGCACCCUGCUCUCCUGCACUCAGCCCUCAUGUCACCCCUCACCUUCCAAAAGAAGCUGAAUCCCAGGACAAAAGAGGAGAAGGCCAGCCACUCCAGGACUACCCUCACUCUCUGGAGCCUGAUCUUCCACCAGGUUAUACUUAUCCUGAUAUUGCAAUUGGUUACAAGGCCAGUCCAUCUCCACAAGAAGUCCAGUUAGCUGAACAUGCAGACCUGGAGGCAGAACAAGCAGAACCUGCUGAACCAGCACCCCAGCCACUCUCCCUUUCCACAAUGGGGGAGGAACCUGUGUGCCAGGAAGCAGAAUCCCCUACUUCUACUGCCCAAGUAGGACCCCAAGUCGAGGAUGUCCAGGUGGAGAAUAGGUUGAUGGCAGAAAAAGAAGAGUUGGAUGAAGAACAGAAGGGUAUUACCUGCACAUCUACCUCUCCCUCUUCACCUGUAUGCCAACAUCUUUCCAAAUUCCCCUGCCAGGAUGCUUCACCUUUGGAGGAGGUACAAAUGGAGGUAUCUAAUGCCCUCACCCCUGAUCAGCCUGGUUUUUUAGAAGUCUUGGACCCAGUCAAGGAGGUCAAAACUCAGGAAGAAGAUAUUGUAAAUUAUGUCCAGGAUCCACCUGCUGCUUCCAGUGAGCUCUAUUCUGUGAUGCAGACUGAGGAUAUUAAAGAAAGAACUAAGAAAAUUUGUACAUCACCAAGUACAUUUACAGAACAGGAGGUCACUCAUCCUUUAUCACCCUCUUCUCAUUGCUCUGAGCUUCCUGCUCUGGGUAACCAGUAUCCUGGAUCCUGCAUUUGGAGUCUGGAGCUUCUAAUUGCAGCAGCUUUCUGUGCCACAAGAGAUGCCCAGAUGGCUGCCCCAGUGGCGGUGCCUGCAUGUAUAGCACCCCCUCAAAAUGGCAUGGCACUUCUGAGUGAGCUUGCUGAGCUAGAGAGAAAACAGCAAGAGAAGAACAGCAACAUGGAAAAUGCAGGAAAAGAGAGACUGCUAAUUGACCUAGAGAGUCUGGCAACCCUUGCAACUGCACGAGCAUUAGAAGUGACUCCACCCAACACUACAGAGUCUUUCCCUCCUUUACGUCGUACACUUAACAUGCGCAGGAAGUGGAAAUGGACACCACAACAUGAACCGGCAUGUCCAGUGAAGAGUAUAAUGGAAACAUUAGACAGGGAGGAGCUUGCGAUGAGGGUGCAGCUGGCUGAGCUGCAGCGGCGCUACAAGGAGAAACAGAAAGAACUGACCAAGCUUCAGAGAAAACAUGAUCAUCAAAAAGAGGAUACCUCAAGAAGCCCAGUUCGCAGAGGCCCUGGCAGACCACGGAAACGCAAGCCCACCGCAGGAUCAACUACCCCCACAGAUACAGUCAAGAGGGUCAAGUUGGUGGGAGCAGCAUCAAGCCUGCUGGCUGCAGAGGAAGAGCUUGCUGGGGGCGGGGAAAAGCACACAAAGAGGAAGAAGAUGGCCAAUAGUUCCUUCUAUCAUGUUAGUGGCACACAGGCUCCCUGUAGGCAGAGAGGCAGACCAAAACUGCUGAGCUCCAAGAUGUCCCAGCUUAAGCAACAGGCCAGUGCCAAGCGUGACUCUAGACUAGAGAACAUAUUUUGUCAAAUAGAGAAGCCUGCUUCUGGCUCGUCAGCGGAGCAGAGACACAGAAACCUGAUUGGACGUCAAAGUGAAACAGGGAACACUGAGACAACAUUGCACCAGAAUUUAGAUGGCCAGAGAAUAAUGAUACAGAGAGGAUGCAGGUCCAAGAUCAGCCAUGGCCAUGCCUCCUCUACCCUGUACACUCGAAGCCAGCAGAUGAUGCCCAACAAGGUCUUAACCAAUAGCAAGCAGGAGGUGACAGGAAAGGACAAUUCUUCCUUCGACAGCGAGUUGUCCGAGCCAGAAGAGGAAGAUGAUGGCAUCUAUGACAUCGAAGAAUUGCCAGAGGACAUCAAAAAUGGAUCUUCUAAAUCACUACAGUCUGGAGCGUGUGCUCCCCCCUCUUCCACAGUACAGCUGUCUAUUGGCCAGAAUUCCAAAUGCAACAAGAAAAGACAAGGAUUUGGGUCUGUCACCGCCUUGCUUGCUAAAGGGGAAAUGAAGCACAGGAAAAGGGCCCCCUCUAGACCAUCGCUGCUCAGUGAAGACAGGAAUUGCCUACUGGUGAAGAAGAGACUAAAUGCACUCAGGUGGAGAGGGGUUUCACAAGAGAGCAGCUUACAUCGUAAUAAGGAUCUCAAAAGCUUUCCGACUCCAUUGGAAAGGACAGCUAGGAAAAGUUCUGUAGCCUUUGAAAAGAGGAGAAGCUGCUUGCUAGGAACUGUGUCAUCUCAGAUUGAGAAUAUUAACUGGAACAGAAAGUUGAAAAUCAAACAGAAUGCCAAAAGGCGAGGCAUGAGGCAGCUGCUAGAGACCUUUGCUGCAGAAGAGGGAUUCCGCAUGGAUGAUGACAGCAGUUUCUCUGAAGGGGAGGAGGAGCUGGAAGAAGAGGAGAAACACAAGAUUAUAGUGCCAGCCCUGCCUAACUGUGUCCUUACCAAAGAUGCCCUGCAAGAUGGGCUAAAAGUGUUGAUCUCCAAGGAGGAUGAGCUGCUUUAUGCUGCCUAUGUACACACGCUGGACUUACCUGACAUUUACAGCAUUGUCAUUGAAGGAGAGAGAGGAAACAGGCCAAGGAUCUACUCUCUGGAACAGUUGCUUCAAGAAGCGGUGUUAGAUGUGCAACUGGAGACAGUGGAUCUACUUACUGAUGGAACAAGAGUGUGUGCAUACUGGAGUGAGCGCUCAAGGUGCUUGUAUCCAGGAUAUGUUCGUAGAGGUGGUCCUGGAGAUGAGCAGAAAGAAGGCUCUGUCAUGGUCGAGUUUGAUGAUGGAGAUCGUGGCUGGAUUUCCCUUCCUAACAUUCGCCUUCUUCCACCCGGUUACCAAAUAUAUUGUGCAGAGCCUUCACCAGCUCUCUUGGCAUCUCCAACUCGUCGCAGACGGAAAAGCUCCACUCAGGAGAAGAGCUCUCAGCAGAUUGAUAUUUCUUGUGAAUGGCAUGGCAACACAGAACCAGGGAAAACAAUCAAGGCCAAGCCAGGAAGACCCAAAUCUGUCAGUUUGUCAACAAAAUGUGGUGUGUCUGAGAAUGUAACUGGGAGUGCCUCCUCUCUUCUUACCUGGCCGUCUGUCACCAUGUCUAGAAAAAGACCAUCUCUGGAUUUGUUCCACUUCAAUGGGCUGUCUAGAAAAACUGCAAAAGAGAAAGAGACAGACACGUUCCCCUUGCUUGGCUCCACUAUGGGUACACCAGCUAAGGGUAUCUUUAGCACUUCCUUCGAGGUGGAUUCUUUUAGUAGCAUUGCUAAUGGCUUUACAACCUUUGGUAAUCAACAACCUACGUCUGGGUUACAUCUUGGUCAGAAGAGCACUUCAAAUGUUCGGGGGAGAAAGACGGGAGACCGGAAAGAGUACCUCAUCAAAUUGGACCAUGAAGGAGUAACCUCUCCGAAGACAAAAAAUGGAAAAGCACUCAUGCUUCUUGGAAAUGGGGAGUUUGAAUCUAGAGGGGGGAGAAUGGAGAAAGGCUCUAGGAAUAAAAAUGUAGUCGAAACAACCACUCAUAUGGAUUGCUCCCAGUCAGUGUUACUAAUGAAGGAUGACAAGAGAAGUAGUAGCCACCUCCUCAAGAAUUCCUCUGAUAUGCGGAAACAUUCUCAGGGUCUAGGGCUUGGUGAAUAUCCAGAUUAUGUGUUGAACUGCCACAGCGAUUGUCUUAGCUCCUACUCAGACAUGGAUGAAGAUGAAGAAGAUGAAGAAGAUUCCAGAAGAACAGCGAUGCGCAACCCUAGGCGCUUUCUCUCUCAUCUGUCCAUUUCCUCCUCUUCCUCAGGUUCCUCAAGCUCAUCAUGUUCAGGCUCACUGUCAAGUUCUAGUGCCUGCUCUUCUGACAAUGACUCCUCCUACAGCUCAGAUGAAGAGGAAGCAUCUCGACUUCUCUUGCAGGGUUGCCUGUCCUCCCAUCAUGCAGUGCUUCAAAAACAGCAACAGCAACAUCCUGAGCCAACAACUACCCCACCACAACACUCCUUUAUUGCCAAAGCCAUGGGUGUGACCAGCACAAAAUCCAUGGUCAGCAAUGGUACAGGCAAGCAUCAAAGGAGAAAGGAGAUUCCCAGCAACUCCCUGUCUACAGCACAAACCAAAUCUUCCAAAGACUGUCCUAAAAAGCAAAAGACAGACAGUCCACCCAACUCGUCUGCAUUUGUACCAGCACGUCAGCUGUGGCGGUGGUCUGGAAACCCCACUCAGAGACGAGGUCUAAAAGGAAAAGCACGGAAACUUUUUUACAAGGCCAUUGUCCGGGGUAAAGACAUAAUCAGAGUGGGUGACUGUGCAGUAUUUUUGUCUUCUGGCCGCCCUCACCUUCCUUAUAUUGGCCGCAUUGAGAGCUUGUGGGAAUCUUGGGCCAGCAAUAUGGUUGUGAAGGUAAAAUGGUUUUAUCAUCCUGAAGAGACUAAACUGGGCAAAAGGCACCGAGAUGGAAAGCAUGCUCUUUAUCAGUCUUGCCAUGAGGAUGAAAAUGAUGUCCAGACCAUUUCCCAUAAGUGUCAGGUGGUUAGCCGAGCUGAAUAUGAGCACCUUAGCUGCUUGAGGAAGCCCAGCAACAACAGCCAGGACCUUUACUACCUGGCAGGAACAUAUGACCCUACUAGUGGCCAGCUGGUGACAGCUGAAGGAGUAUCAAUAAUCUGCUAGAGUUCUGGCAUAUGACUACUGAAGAAGUUUUUCCUUCUUGAUGAGGGGAUAGCUAAAGGGCUGACAAUCAAUUUCUACUGUGAUCAGAAUGGUCUCAGCUCAAAGCCCCUUAAUUGGACACUAAACUAGCACUCCAUGGAAAAAAGAAAAGGAAGUUCUACUGGUCUCCUUGUAGCCAUGCCUCACUGGGUGACAUCUGGGCUGACACCUUCACAACUCAACAGCCAAGAAAAGAGGAUUUAGUUCUCAAUGAAAAUAACGAGGCACUGGACACAUUCUAAGCAAGAUUAUAUUAAUUUAUAUUAACCUUGCUGUGGAAAAUAUUUCAAUUUUGCUCUUCUGGAAGCCCUGAACAGAGCUGGGUUCGCUUUAGACUGAACAUCAUCAGAUCAAGUUCAUCAGGACUAUUUUUUUUAUUUUAUUUUUUAUUUUAUCUCAGUUGGACCAAAACAUUUGCAUGGUGUGUGUGAAUGUGUGUGUGUGUGUGUGUGUGUGUGUGUGUGUGUGUGUGUGUGUGUGUGUGUGUGUUUGUACAGAGUAUGGCCACAAACAGAAGGAUCUGGGUGUCAUGCUGUUGACUUAAACCUUUAAGGAAUUAAGUUGAGAGUCAAUGUAUUAGGUGUACAAUCCAUUCUUUUGACACCUUCUGGGCAUCCAGGGAUUUUCCAGGAAUCAUUUUUAAUGCCCAGUCAACUGAACAUGAAAAUAAUUUUAAUUUAAUGUUUAAAUUAAUUUUUCAAGCAAGCCAUACACUUCAGUACCUCUUACUUGCUGUACCUUUUAUUCAGGUGUAUAGUUGUACAAUUGUUUUAUUUUAUGUGUGUAAAUAUAUAAAUAUAUAUAAAAGGUAUUAAUGUAAAUAUAAUAUAAAGGAAGAGAGAACUAUAUUCCUCUUUUUGCGCUUGAUUGUGUUAUUUUUUUAAUGAGAACUGUUUGAUUGGGAAUUUCUUAUUUUCUUUUCUUUUAUUUUAUGUUUUGCUUUGGAGGGUUGUGUGAUCCACAAAUCACCAGCUCAGCACUGUACAUGACCUGUUUUUUUUAAAACAGGUCAUAAUAAGUUAGUAUAUUCAGUAUACUGCAUAAGUGUGGCUGAACAGUCCACUGGGUGACUAAUGCAGAACGGGCCAUCUGUGUCCACAUAAUUGUUAUCUAUUCCACAUUUGUUUUUGCAAUUUUCAUUUAGAGCCUCCAGAAUUCAUUUGUGUAUUGCAUUGCCCUCUGUGUGGGUUAUAGGUUGAACAAAUGCAACAAAAGCCUUUGUGGCACUUUUGCACUUCAGUCAUGCAAGAUGAUGUGUUGCCAAUGCAUCCAUGUUUUGCCAGAUCCAAACAGUGUGUCAGUAAAAAGUUACUGUAUUAGUAAAUAGAUAGCUAAUGUAAGAAAUCUGGCCUCCCAAGCAGAAACCAAAGCACCUCUAAGGGAUAUUUUACAGAUUGCAAUAAAUGAAUGAAGUCUGUGUAAAUAGAUUAUAAGGUAUGGGAGACCUGCAAUUUCAUUGGCUGGUGAAUUUCAGAUAAAUUGACAAUGUUCAUACACUAUGGUGCAGUUACUGUUUGUUUAUUUUAAUUUGACAGAAACAGUUUUUUUGUUUCUGCAAUGUUUCAGUAAUGUUGCUGGCAAGGUUUUAGUGUUGGUAACAGCAUUGCUGUGAGGUUGGAUGAUGCAGCACACCAGCGGGCACUUCGGGCACUGAAGGCCUGUGUCACAUGAUAUGAAGGACAAUCAGAACCUGCUUGAGGGGGUGGUUUUAAAUUGAUCAAAUCUCAAUGUUGCCUCUCGUCACUUUUUAUUCAUGCUUUGCCAAAAAUCGCAUUUUUAUUUCUAUUCUCCAUUGUCUGUCAUAUAUUUUUUGCCUGAUAUGCAAGCCUGUAAAGACUGUUUAAUGUAGAUUUUUCAGAAAGGACAGAAAUGCCUUCCAGUCCUAAAGACUUUUUAACAACUUUGUUGCUGUUACACUGCAGAAGCAAAAGCUUUAAAAAAAAAUCAUAUGUGAAAAUCAAUUUAAUGUCACUUUUUGGGGGUCUAUAAAAAGAAAAGUUAUUUUCAUAACUAAACACUGGAUUCAUUGCAGAAUAUCAUGGCACUGGCAUCAGCAGUGUGGCAGAAAGUCUCAGAUAAAAAGUGGAAUCAUUGUACAACCUGACUAUGAGACCCACUGAGGAUGAUGAUGAUGAUUAUUGUUAUUAUUAUUAUUAUUAUUAUUAUUAUUAUUAUUAUUAUUAUUAUUUUGUUAUUAUUAUUAUUAUUUUUGGGUUGAUGUACUUUUUAACAUUGUGGGGAAUAUAACAUUGUGGGAAUAUUUGCAUUGUUUGGGCAAGUUAUUUAUCUUAAUUUUAAUGCAUUUGUUGUUGCCUUUAAUUAAAAAAAGAUGUAAAACAUUUA